AUGGGAACCGUAUCUGGGUUCCUUAGUGAUGUUCAGCUAGCGAAGGACAAUCGUAUUCGUGCGCUGAAUAUUCUUUUGAAGAAUUUAGGACCUGAGAAUGUUGAAGUGGCAGGUUCUUACAAAGGCUUGGGGGCCGCAUGUGGUGCCCUUGGUGAAUUGCAGCAAGCAAAGGACUAUCAUGGUCGUGCGCUGAAUAUUCUUUUGAAGAAUUUAGGACCUGAGAAUGUUGAAGUGGCAGGUUCUUACAAAGGCUUGGGGACCGUAUGUGGUGCCCUUGGUGAAUUACAGCAAGCAAAGGACUAUCAUGGUCGUGCGCUGAAUAUUCUUUUGAAGAAUUUAGGACCUGAGAAUGUUGGCGUGGCAGGUUCUUACAAUAGCUUGGGGGCCGUAUGUAUUUCCCUUGGUGAAUUACAGCAAGCAAAGGACUAUUAUGGUCGUGCGCUAAAUAUUCUUUGGAAGAAUUUAGGACCCGAUAAUGUUGGCGUGGUAGGUUCUUACAGUGGCUUGGGAACCGUAUGUGUUGCCCUUGGUGAAUUCCAGCAAGCAAAGGGCUAUCAUGGUCGUGCACUGAAUAUUCUUUUGAAGAAUUUAGGACCUGAGCAUGUUCGCGUGGCAGGUUCUUACUAUAGCUUGGGGAACUUAUUUCUUGCCUCUGGGGAAUUUCAGGAAGCAAAGAACUAUUAUGGUCGUGCGCUAAAUAUUUUUUUGCAGUAUUUGGGACCUGAGCACGAUCUCGUGGCUCUUUCUUACAGUUGCUUGGGGACCGUAUGUAGUUCCCUUGGUGAUCUUGUGCGAGCAAAGGAUAACUUCGAGCGUGCGCGUAAUAUUCUUGCGAAGAGGUCGGGACCUGAAAAUAAAAUUGUGGCCAAGUGUUACAGAAACCUGGCCAAAAUCUGUGAUAUCAUUAGUAUCCCUAAGCAGGCAAAGGAUUGGAAUAAACGAGUGCAAACCAUUCUUCGCAAAAAUAAUAGGGCUGAGAGAGCUGAUGUCCCUUCUUUGAGCAAGUUUCAAAUCACGGUGCACUCAGCCCCGCCUUAUAUUUUGGCCAGAGGAUCCAUCGCGAAGGCCGCUUAUCAGAGAGCUCUUGAAAUGGGAAAGACAUUCGAUAAGCGGGCUAAAAUCUUGUUGAUUGGCCAAGACCGGGUUGGCAAAACUAGUGUCUUACGUUCUCUGAAAGGUGAACUAUUCAGACAAGAUGAAUCGAGCACAUUGGGGGUGCAAAUAGACAUGCCUCUGAAACAUGUUGGUGAAAAACCAUGGAAGAAUUCCAAAGAGGAACAAGAAAAAAGUACCUUCCAUUACAAAUGUGCUCUAAAUAUUAGUAACCAGUUAUUAACUGAACCACCAAACGAAAUUUACGUGGACAGCGAAGUUACGAAGCAAACAGAGACUGAUGAGACACAGAGAACAGAGGGGAUGAUCGGUGAAAUAGGAUCAAACGUGGGUAUGUACCUCAUUACAAAAUGUUGAUUUGGUUUCUGUGUUGUUGAAAAACUUUACGCUUGUAAAUCACAGAGGUUGCACGUUACAUUACCUUUUACAAGGUGCUACUAAGACCGGAAGGGGACGUGAUAGGAGACAGGUUGUUGUUAGAGUUUUAAAAUUCAACACCUCGCACACAAGUAACGACGAUUUUUUAAAACGGAUUUUUACGUCUUUAUUAAACCCGUUUUCUCGGCAGGUCUGCAACACAUCUUUGUUGACGGCUUAUCGAGUGAUACCAACAACAGCUUGGCAUGAGUUUCACUCCUGUAGAUAUGCUUCUAGAACAAUCUUUGAUCACGUCGUGUUAUUUGUAAAUCAGUAUGCGUGGCUAAGCUCACGACUUCAUCGUAACAAGGAAAACAACAGACCCUUACGGAAUUUUUUCGAGUAUUCUACAACUUUACUAGACACGCAAAAUUAUAAUCUUACGUUUUUAAACCUGAAAAAACAAGCCGUCAAAGUAAAGAAAAAAACAAAAAGGAAAAAAAAGGCAACGACAACCAUAGCACUGCAGCGAAAUAUUACUGGGUUAAAUGGAGUUAAUCAAAGCUAAUUUUUUUUUUCAGAAUUCUUCAGUGAGGUUGGACCGAAGAGCUCACCAAAGGUUUUUAAUACGUUUUAUUAUUCAUUUAUAUCUAAAGGUGAUAUUUAAGCUUUUUAUGAAUGGCCAACUUCCAUUCCAACUUUGCUAAUUGAAUUGACUUGUAUCUGUUUUCGGUUCAAUUCAGGGAAACCAAGAUCAUGACAUAGAACCGAGGACUCGGGUGAACUCAGAUAAAAUUUAUCCGACAACUCAAGGGGACAACGGGCAUAAUGAGAAGCGAAACAAUGACAUGCCUGAUGAAGUGGUGCGACUUACAACUGAAAACCUCUCGAGGAUAGAGUCAGUGAAGGAUGACGGCAUUUGGCCAGUUUGCAUGGAUUUUGGUGGUCAAGCCAUUUACCGUGCUAUUCAUCCUAUUCUCGCUUCGCGUGAAGCAGUUUAUCUGCUAGUGGUUGAUCCUACCAAAGAUCUUUCUGCUCCAGCCCAAUGUUUGGUGAAAGAGCCUGGUUACGACGAAGUUAAGAUUCCGUCUCCAGACAACAAUGACACAAACCUAGAUCACAUUAUGAGGUGGUUGGACAUGGUGAAUUCGUUUAAACACGAAAAGAACGGGGACGUAUUACCACCUGUCAUUUUGGUUGGAACACGCGCCGACCUUGUACAAGGAGACCCCGAAGUCGUGACUACGAGUGUAAAGGACAUCAUCUGUGACACAGCAAGAGAAUUUAGUGAACACGUCAUCGGAAAAACAUUUGCAGUGAACAACACUCUUGCAGGUAAGGAACUAGAGGAAGAAGAUCCCCAAGUUGUUGCCUUACGGAAAGAGAUUCUGAAGGUUGCAGAUACCUUGCCACAUACACAAGAUGAGGUUCCAUUGAGGUGGCUUCAAGUGGAAAAUGAAGUCUGUUAUCUAGCAAGCAGGGGGACAAACUAUGUCACUAGGCAAGACUUCCGAAAGAAUAUCUGUGACGAAAUUUGCAAAUUUGAGGUCGAAGGUGACUAUGAAGUACUUUUACAGUUUUUACACGAUCGUGGUUCAGUGGUUUAUCAUGGUAGGGCUGACGAUCCAGGUAGUCUGGUGUUUUUGAGUCCAAAGUGGUUGAUUGAUGUUUUGUGUCAGAUAAUAACGGUUGAAAAACAGAAAGAAGAGAAAACUGUCAUUUCAAAUCUCCGCAAAGAUCUUGGCAAGUACGGCAUUCUUGAUGCAAAACUGCUUGAUUACUCUUGCACAAAACUGGGCGUUGGCGACAUCAGGGAGUCUUUACUUUUUCUCAUGAAGAAGUUCAACCUUCUUUGUGAAUAUACGGGAAAAGAUGGCAGUUCCGUGUAUCUUGUUCCGUGCAUGCUGACCUCCACACCUGACGAUGCAUUUAUGCCGGACGUUUCUGCUAACCCAGGCCCUGCACCCGUUUAUGUCACAUUCACCACUCAGUACGUCCCAGGCGGUCUUUUUUCAAGAAUGGUUGUCCUUUUCCUCGAAUUUGUACUAAGACGAAUUGCCUGUGAUCAACCAAAGCUCUGGGCUAACUUUGCUCGUUUCUUUGUGGGAGAUCACACUGCAGUUGAUUUUGUUUGCUACAAGCGUGUUAUCAAAGUACACGUAUGGAAUUACACCGAUCCAAGUAUGGACCCUGUUAAGACCGAGCCUAACGUUUGCUCAGAGGUCUUAAGGUAGGUGCACGUAAGUUAGUCAUUCUAUAUUCGGUUGGUAACUUUUACAUGAAUUACCAGUUCGUGAAAUCGGAAGUGGUUUUUGAUGCGAUGUGAAUUGAUCCGACAAGUUUGGUUUGCUCAUAACAUCGUUAACCCUUUGAUAGUGUAAUGGAUGUCAUAGUCAAGAUGUUGUUUUAAAGGAGGCUACAGUUUACUUCAUUUUUCUCAGGUGAACAUCGUGUACAUUACGAACUUUCCGGACAUCAACGUAUCCACGUGAAAGAUUUGCAAGAAAAGAUAUCAACCUCUUUGACAAAAGUCUCUCCCUAUCUUUUAGCUUUUUGAAGACAAGUUUGGAGAGGCUGCACGAGGAGUGUCAUUGGCUGCAAACAGUGUCAUGGGAUCUCUGCGCUAGAUGCAAUUUGUGUCCACGCGAGUUUAUUCAUGGAACCGGAAAGUGUCAUUGGCAUGCGGAAGCAGAAUGUUGCCACGAUGAUUGUGCGCAUUAUGUUUCCUUGAGAAGGAAGCCUUUCGUUUGCUCGCGUACACUGAGGGGUCCAAAGUUUUGUCCGCCCAAGACUUGGAGUCAGGUAAAGCCAAUUCAAGUUCCUUGCGAUCAGGUUUUCGUUGUAUUUAACCUGCGAAGGGGAUUCGAAUCAGGUUUGGUCAGACCUUGA